AUGGCUGUUUUCUUGUACAGAUUUUACUCUCUGCUAUCCCUAGUAUCUGCCUCGGCAGUAGUUGACUUGGGCUAUACUAGCUAUGAGGGUCGCACACUAUCGAACGGUGUCACACAGUGGCUUGGUAUGCGUUUUGCUGCUCCUCCGGUAGGAAAUUUGCGGUUUGCAGCGCCGCAAGAUCCUUUAUCUGUAGGAGAAAUCCAGCAAGCGACUCAGCAUGGAAGCAUAUGUAUCCCAACCGCAGGAAGUGAAGGCCAGGCAGUUCCAGCAGGCACCUCGGAGGAUUGUUUGUUUCUUGACGUCUUUGCUCCCACAUCAGCAGUUGGCUCAAAAAAGCUGCCUGUCUUCUUUUGGAUUCAGGGAGGGGGCUUUGCAGCCAAUACAAAUGCCAAUUACAAUGGAAGUGGUCUGAUCGAAGCAUCCGGAAACAACAUGGUGGUUGUCACUUUCAACUACCGGGUCGGUCCUUAUGGCUUCCUCGCCGGAGACGAGGUUGAAAAAGGAGCGAGUCUGAACAAUGGAUUGAAGGACCAACGCAAAGCACUAAAAUGGGUCCAACGGCACAUCAGCAAAUUUGGUGGAGACCCAAACCAUGUUGUUAUUGGCGGCGAUAGUGCAGGUGCUGCCUCGAUAACACUCAUGCUGUCAGCAUAUGGCGGCAGAGACGAGGGUCUCUUCGUUGCAGCAGCAGCAGAGUCACAGAGCUUUGGCACAAUGCUCAAUGUCACCGAAAGCCAGUUUGCCUAUGAUGCGCUAGUUUCAGCCACUGCAUGUGGCGGCAAUAAUACUCUGGCAUGUCUGCGUAACCUAGAUGUCAAUGCUCUACAGCGAAAGAACGUGAACAGACCCUACCCAGGAGGAAAGGGCAAGCCACUGUACCUCUAUGGCCCCACAAUUGACGAAGACCUCGUGCCAGACCACACAUUGGCUCUCUUCCACGAAGGCAAAUUCAUCAAAGUACCAGUGAUCUUUGGCGACGACACGAACGAAGGCACCAUAUUUGUCCCAAAGAACGUUGCCAGCGUUGCCGACGCCGAUACUUUCAUUCAGAAACAGUUCCCGUUCAUGACACAAAGUCAGAUGAACAAGAUCAACAGUAUGUACUUGACUGCCAAUCAGACCGAGACCUUUCCUGGUGCUGGAGCCUACUGGCGACCCGCAAGCACGGCCUAUGGCGAAAUCCGCUACAUCUGUCCUGGGAUCGACAUGUCAUCCGUCUAUGCGGCUGCAGGUGUUCCAAGCUGGAACUACCAUUUUGCAGUACAAGACCCGGCCGACGAGGCCUCGGGAAUGGGCGUUACUCAUACAGUUGAAGUGAGUACCAUUUGGGGUCCGUCCAAUACCGGAGGUGCCCCAGCUUCAUACUACAACACCAAUGCAGCCAUCAUACCUGUCAUGCAGGCGUACUGGGCAAGCUUCAUUGUGCACUUGGAUCCGAACGUCAAGCGUCUCGCUUCGAGUCCGCGAUGGCAGACUUGGGGAAAGGGUGGCGAUGCAUACCGACGGAUCUUCAUCCGUACGGGGGAGACGAGGAUGGAAACCGUGCCACAGGAACAAAGGACACGGUGUGAAUAUCUGUCUAGUAUUGGUGUCGACUUACAUCAGUAG